ACAGGAGAACCGGGGCUCGAGGCGACCAGGAUUCCAUAGGGACAAACCUUGCUAUGACAUGACCCUUGCAUCUGGCCUCACUCUCAGCUCUGCCCGGGGCUGUCCUUUCUCCGGUUCCUCUGCCUUCAAAGAGCCCCCGGAGCACGCCAGCUGCGGCCAGCUGCCUCUCUGCACCUUGAAGCCACCACCAACCACUGGAAUUUGUGCCAUGGGCCAGCGGUGGAACAUAAUGAAGCUCCUCUCUCCAUCUGGGAAAAGCACCCACCUGAGAGGCAGUGACAGAGUUUCUGAUGAACAUUUACUGCCACACGUUUUCAGGGGAAAAACGAGUGACAGGAGCCUCAGGGCCAGCAGCGCCGCAGAGGGGUCGGCAGCCUCGUCGGGCCCGAGCUUGCUCCUCCAACCUCCGUUACCACAAACGUGGAUGAAGAGAUACAUCCACGGAGACUGGAGAGAUCCCACCAGGGCAGACGACACUCAGAGUCCUCAGACGUCGUGCCUUGGACGGUUCUGGAGCUUCUUGGAUGUAGAACAAGCUGCAGAAAUGCCCCUCGAGGGCCGGGAACCUACAGCUCAACGAAGCAGCCCAGCCCUUCGGCCUCGGCGUGCCGCCCUGCGUGGGCCCCUUUCCCGGAGCGGCCUCUCUCCGUGGAGCCCCCAGCCUGGCCCCAGGCGCCCAGCAGGCUAGCCGGAGGGUUUGCUUGUGCGGUGCUGUGUCCCCUCCCUAGGGGAGAAAGCGGGAAACCAGCUCUACGCGUGUGGUUGCUGACCUCACAAACCAGCGCCUGUGACCGACCGUUACAGCGCGUCCACCCGGUUAGCACGCCACGGCCACGGGGAAGCUGAGAUGAGGAGCGUUUCGGUCCCUGGGAAGGAAGCCCUUGCAGCCUGUGGGUCCUCAGAACCACCCCCCUCAACCCCGUGCUUUCCAUUCUCAGUGAAACCGUGUUUCUGACACAAAAGGCAGAAGAGGAACAGCCUCCCGCGCUUGGUGAGGUGGCUGUCUCCGGUUGGCAGCGGGAGCCCCUGAGUCCUUGCCCGAGCCCUGGAGCACGAGACAGGGAGACUGCAUCCUGCCCCCACACCCUGCCUUCCCCGGGCCGUGAUCUGUGCACAUCAGUGCCGUCCGCUCCACAGGCUCUCCUCA